AUGCUUUUUAUUAGAGCUGCUCCAUCCUGCUGCUGGCUUUCCAAACAAGCUAUCAUUUCCAGAUCACCAGUUGUCACCACCUUUGUAUUACCAAAUUCGGUAAAAAGGCACAGUACUUAUGAUACGGCAACUCCUCAUAUUGUCGCGGAAAAGUCCGAUGGGACGUGUAAGUGUCCCAAACCCGUUUACCUCUUUGGCUAUUCUGACGAUUCUCAGUGGAAGAAAUUUCGGAGGAGGACCUUUACAGAUAUAGAAGAAACCGCUGGCUGUGUCAGAGUCAUGAAGUGCCGUGAAGGGCUGAACAAUAAGGUCUACCUGCUUACAAUGAACAACGGCUCAGAGAUUAUUGCACGUCUGCCAAACCCGAUUGCAGGCCCUGCGUAUUAUACAACAGCAUCAGAAGUAGCGACUCGUGAAUUCAUACGGGACGCUAUGAAAAUUCCCGCUCCUCGCAUAAUCGCUUGGUCGGCCGAUCGGAACAACCCUGUUGGUGCUGAAUACAUUUUAGAAGAAAAGGCCCCAGGCGUGCCCCUAGGUCGACUCUGGUAUCAAUGGCCGAUGGAAUGUCGACUUGAGAUGGUAUUACAGAUCGUGAAAAUAGAACAUCAGUUUGCGUCUAUGCAAUUCUCGAAAUGCGGCUGCAUCUAUUUCAAACAUGAUAUUCUAAACGGUCCAUCUGGGGGUGGCAGCUUCACUACUAGUACACGAGCGGCGCCAUCAAUAUAUGAGCGUUUUACUUUAGGACCACUCGUCUCAAGCGACACCCGACCGCUCGAGUUUGUAGAAGCGAUGGCCACAAACGAAAAGAGAUUCGUUAAAGCACACGGCCGUCCGCGUCUAAAUUACCACCGGUCAACAACGAAACCCGAAUCGCCUGACGAACUUCUUGAUCUCUUGGAUCGGUAUCUGAAACUAAUGCCAGCGAUGGUGCCUUCCGUUACUCAUUCGCCGACACUUUGGCACCCGGAUCUUCAUCUUGACAAUGUAUUUGUCGACCCUAAAUCAAGACAGAUUACUCGGAUAAUUGACUGGCAGUCAGCUGCAGUCAUGCCACUCUACUACCAAUGUGGCAUCCCAAGAAUGUUCAAGCAUCCAGGAGGAGUGUCAAAUAAUUGGGACGUGCCCAAGCUUCCAGAUGAUUAUGACUCCCUUGACCAAAGCGAAAAGGAUAAGAUCGACAGCAAUCAGAAAAGCGAGAUUUGCCACAAAUAUUACCUCGCUGAGACGAUGGAUCAAAAUCCAAGGCAUUGGGCUGCUCUGAAACUUGAAAACCUCGACGUACGAACAGAGCCUUCUCGCCUGGUUGUGAACGUCUGGGAGGAUCACGACGUCUUCUUCCUUCGACGUGCCUUGCAUUCAAUUGCUAAACAGUGGCAGUAUCUUUGUCCAGACUCUGGCCCAUGUCCUGUGACUUUCGGCGAGCAAGAGCUCGAAGCACACGAAGCAGAGGAGGAAAGUAUGAGCAACGUUUCACAGAUUCUGGCCCUUUUUCAGGAUAAUUGGGGCCUACCUCCCGAUGGGAUGGUAGAUUCAGCUGUAUUCGACGAGGUGCAAAGGGCUGUGGCAGAGCUCAGGGACUCUUUCAUAGCCGGUGGUGAUGACGAGGCAGAAAGGCAACUGUUCUCAAAAUUAUGGCCUUAUCGGAAUGAAGAUAGUUGA